UGUCCAUGGGGUAUAUAGCAGAGAGGGAGAGAGUGAGUUGGCCCAAAGGAGGAGCUGCCCUAUCCAUCAGCGGUCGUCCAAAGAACAGGAUAUUAUAUCACCAUGGCCCUCUCGCACCGCAUUUGGAUUGCUCUAUUUCUUUUCCCGGCGGUGACAAGGGACAUCGGAGUGUUUGGUAGGGCCGUGGAAAAGUUGGGAUUCCAGUCACAUUCCCAGCAAACUCCAGCGGAAUCCUCCGGACUAACUUUACGCACGGACGCGCCGGGGCGCUGGAGGCGCGGGGUCGCGGAGACGCGCCUGGAGCGGUGCUUGGAGCUGGUGGCGCCGUGGCUGCAAAACACACAAGCUCCCGAGGAUAACGCAACGCUGUUGCACCUCCGCUUUCGGCCCUUUUCCCCGAGAGCCUCCCGCUACUCCGUUUUCCCCGGAAAACCCCUCUUUAGCUUCGUCCGACGGGUUUACCACUGCUGUCAAGAAGGAGUAAACUGCAGGAACGUAAAAGGAAUUCAAGGUCGAUUGAGAGGAGGCACAGACGUGGAGUUCUUCCUCACCAGGGAGGUUUUGUCGUUGACGAUCACGAGAGCCGAGCUUCACCUCCAGCUCUCCAACCCACAACAUUUGGAUAUCUACCCUGUGCUUUCAUCCCUGGCAAAGCAGGACCUACCUACAAGGUACAGCUCGGGGUCAAAGGGCAGCACGGUGGAGCUGAGGGUAGAUCUGCUGUUGCUCUUGCAGAAUCUGAAAGAGGGCAGCGUGGGAGGAGUUCCCAGCUUGGAGAACAUGCGGCGGACGGCCUUUUCUUCCGGCAGGCAUCCACCAGGAGAAAGGCCUGCUUCUGGGGCUCUGCAGGACACCGAUGCUGCUGAUGUGUUGGGGGAUGGGGUGGCCGGCGCGCUGCCUGCUCUGGAGCUGGGCCUGAUCCUGGGCUGCAGGCAGGCCACAGCGUGGGUGUCCUGUGGAACGGGCGGUGUUCACCUGCUGCACACACCCUUCGUGGCUCUGUACUACAGGUGAAGUCAAACCGGGACUGGACAUUUCAACGGGUGAAUGCUUCCCCCCCCCCCCUCAACUGAAAAGCCUGAGAGCUUACAAGUAAAUGAUGCACUUCAACUUCUAAUUAAUUUAUAAAUGUAAUUUUUUGUAAAAUAUGUUAAUAGUCAAUAUGAUAUACUGUAUCUUUAUGGAGUUCUUUGGUUAUUAAAGCUUGAUCUAACAAUGCCUCGUGACAUAAGUGUUUGUGGACAUGAUUCAGUCUGCUUGGUUCAGCUGUUCCUCUUUUGGAAAUUCAAUGCCUUUCAGAUACGUAGUUCUAUUUAAAGAGGUUUGUGGGUAAAGGUGGAGAAACAGCACCUGGACAAAGGGCUUCGACAUGUGCUGUGAACACGCUGAACUUAGCUCUUCGAAAUUAUGCAUUUUAAUUGCAUAAAUAUUUGACCUGAGAACAGUGAGAAGUAAUUUUUUUCACAUGGAUUUUUAUUUUUGUUCAACCAAUUCC